AUGCCCACCACCAACAGAAUUAUUUCGGACUCCAAGUCUGUCAGAGGCAAAAAGUCCAAAUCUGGAAACACAGCCGCAGAAAAAAACCCCCCCUACGAACCGGACAUCCCAGAGCCUAAAUGCAGAGAGGACCUUGUCAAAUAUUGGCAUAACCUAACCCUCGAUGACAAGACGGCAAAUAAGACUCUCUGGAUAACAGACGCCGGCUCUAAGGUGUCUCGUAAAACGGAUAAGGUCACUUGCCCAGUCUUAGACCGACCAGAGAGAUACGAAUAUGCCCCACAGGUCCUGUGUAAGGAGGGGAUCCUGGGCUUCCGAGGAUACUGGGAGGUGGAGUUUUCUGGGUGGAUCGUGGUUGGAGUGGCCUAUGAGCGGGCUGGACGCAGGAACGCCGACGGCUCGUGUGGAUUUGGAGAGAACGAGGAAUCCUGGGGUCUGGGCUGGAGUGGCACCUCUUAUAAUUACUGGCACAAUAGCAAAAGCAAAGAGAUCACGGACGUCCCGAAGGCCUCCAUGAUGGGGGUGUACCUCGACCAGCCGGCCGGAAUCCUCAACUUUUACGCGGUGGACGAAGUGAAAGAGGGAGAGGAGAGCACAGGAGCGAGAGAGGUGACGCUUCUGCAGCAGGUCAAAACCACCUUCAGUCAGAUAAUGCUGCCGGGCUUCUGGGUGGGGACACAAUCUCACGUAAUCAUUUUGAAGAAUGAGGAAUAA